CUAAGUUCGGUCACACUGCACGCAACUCACCUCGAACAGCUGUUCUGUGGUGAACACAAACGUCGUUCUCGUAACAUUUAAUUUAGCUUAACUCAUUGAAAUUUUGGCAUAAAAUGAAUAAAAUUACGAGUGCCUUCAUAAGAGUUCUGCGCCAGAGCAGCUCCUCAGGCGGCACAGGCAACCUUCUGGGUCGUCAGCUCUCCUACAAGAGCGAUUUAUCCCUGGACAAGAUCUAUCCCGGCGCCCGACUGCAAAUCUACACGCCGCCCCCGCCGCCCAGUGGCAGCGACAAGUUCAGCGGCUUCAUUCCCAUGGACCGACUGGAGAUCACCUACAGCAGGAGCUCCGGACCCGGUGGUCAGCACGUGAACACGGUGAAUACCAAGGUGGAUGUACGCUUCAAGGUGGCACAAGCGGACUGGAUACCCGAGCAGACGCGCCAGAAGCUGCUCAAGGUGCUGGCAAACCGGAUUACCAAAGACGGCUACUUUUACAUCAAGAGUGAUCUUACGCGCUCCCAGCAAAUGAACCUGGCCGAUGCGCUGGAGAAGCUGCGCACCAUCAUACGCUCCCAGGAGGCUGUGGCACCUGCGCCACCCAGCGAGGAGACACUGGAGAAGCUGCGCAGGCGCCAGGAGCGAGCGGUCCGCGAACGUCUACAACUGAAACGUGGUCGCGCCCAAGUCAAAGCGGAUCGGCAGGGACCGAGCGGAUUAGACUUGUAGUUUUUUAUUGGAAAUUGUUAUACAAAGAUGCACAUUACACAUAUACGCUUAACUAUGCUAUGGACGCCAUUGCAGGUUAGCACUAUCACAGAUUCUGUACGGACAUACCCCCUGCUGGAGUAUAACAACUAAUUAACUUUACAAAAUUGACACUUACAUUAUUU